UCUGUGUGCACCACUGAAAGUUGACAGUUCAGAGGCACUAACCUGACAAAAGGGCGGCGUAAAUAAACAACCAAAUCAUUUUGCAUAUCACCAAGUAAAAUUAGUUUUAGAUUUAAAAAAAAGAAAGAAAGAAAGAAAAGGAGGGACUUGGCCUGAAUCUCGGGCGGCUGCAUGAGAAAGAGAGACAGGAGGGAGUGCAAGCAAAAGGGCAAGAGGAAGCCUCCAAGGAGGUGAGUGACGGGUUUACCCUCGGCGGGGUGAAAAAGAUGACUGUGGUGGAGAACCACGAAGAGACUGUGGCCGUUACUCCUUUGUUACAAGAUGCUGCAGACGUGGAAUCAGCAGACCAGGAGUGCAGCGAGAGGGUGGUCAUAAACAUCUCAGGUCUGCGUUUUGAGACGCAAUUAAAAACACUCUCUCGCUUUCCGACCACGGUUUUGGGAGAUCCGCGUAAAAGGAUGCGCUUUUUUGAUCCGCUGAGAAAUGAAUACUUCUUUGACAGGAACAGACCGAGCUUCGAUGCUAUCCUCUAUUAUUACCAGUCCGGAGGAAGGCUUCGGAGGCCCGUCAGUGUACCUGUGGAUAUUUUCCUGGAAGAAAUAAAGUUUUAUGAACUCGAAGAAGAGACGAUAGAGCUUUUCAAAGAGGACGAGGGCUUGGCUCGGGAGGAGGACCGACCGAUGCCUUCCAACGAGUUUCAGCACCAGUUGUGGCUUCUGUUUGAGUAUCCAGAGAGUUCCGGACCCGCAAGGAUGAUUGCCAUCGUGUCUGUUAUGGUUAUUUUAAUAUCCAUUGUUAUAUUCUGCUUAGAGACUUUGCCCGAGUUCAGAGAUGUCCCCGCAGUGCAUGACAACCAGGUCAAUGCAAGUGCGCAAGGGAAAGCGCCUAGUCCGUUCACAGACCCAUUUUUCAUGGUGGAGACACUUUGCAUUGUGUGGUUCUCUUUUGAAUUCACCAUGAGGUUUCUGUCGUGUCCCAGUAAAGCGGCUUUCUUCAAAAACAUGAUGAACCUAAUCGAUGUUAUAGCCAUUGCUCCGUAUUUCAUCACCCUGGGCCUUGAUCUCGCAGAGCACCAGGGCAGCAGUCAGCAGGCGGCCUCGCUAGCCAUACUGAGGGUCAUCCGUCUGGUCCGUGUUUUCAGGAUUUUUAAACUCUCCAGACACUCAAAGGGCCUGCAGAUUCUCGGGCAAACGCUUCAUGCGAGCCUCAGGGAGCUGGGGCUGCUUAUAUUUUUCCUGCUAAUUGGAGUUAUUUUAUUCUCAAGUUCGGUUUAUUUUGCUGAAGUAGAUGACCCCGAGUCUGGAUUUACAAGUAUACCUGAUGCGUUUUGGUGGGCCGUGGUGACAAUGACCACAGUCGGUUAUGGAGAUAUGUAUCCCUCCACUAUCGGAGGUAAAUUCGUCGGAUCCUUGUGCGCCAUCGCCGGAGUGCUGACUAUAGCGCUACCUGUUCCUGUGAUCGUGUCCAAUUUCAAUUAUUUUUACCACAGAGAGAACGAACAGGAAGAAAACCUCCAAUACGUGCACGUGACCUGUGGACAUCAGCCGCAGCCCUCGUUCGGUGAAAGUGAUUCGAUCAAAAGUAACCAGUCGUUCUCCAAAACCGAGUCCUACCAAGAAAGCGACGACUUAGAAGCUCUGACACAUCUACACGUGACUCCAGUGGAGACAUACACAGUGAAACUGACAGAUGUAUAAAGAAGACCUCAAAAAAUCUGGAGGCAGAAGAUUAAGUGGAGCUUGUUGUUCCCACAGAGUCACAACAAGACACUCUCUUCUCCUCCAAAACACUGGAUCGGUUUCUCACGGACUAUUCUCGCACAGCCAGUAUUAUAACCUACAGAGACAUUACAGUGGAAACGCAUGGAAAAGGUUCAGUCUUGUGUAAUGGACAUACGUUUUUGUGUUAGAAAAAAAAACAUUCUUUUGUGUACGCUUUAAAAAUGACCAUGCAUUCUUUGUAUAGAAGAACUGUGUAUAUAUUGCUCUCUUGCCGCUUAUAAUGCAACGUUGUAAAAAAAAAAAAGUACCUUUAUUUUAUCUUAGGCCAGAGCAUUACAAUGCAACGUCUGCAUGACCUGAAUUCAUUGUGGAUUAAAAAUGUAAUAAAAUAUUUAUUUUUCUAAUGUAAACACGAACGUGAACUUAACUUAAUCCUUUUGAUAAAUGAUUCAUGAAGAAGAAAAUACCACUUGUCAUUUUUCAUUG